UGAGGGCGAGCGCGCGGGCGCUGGGCAGCCGCCGGCCACGCCGUCUGUAUAAACACUUGUUUAGGACUUGUUCGCCUCGCUGAGGCCGCGGCGCCGGGCAUGGAACCCCCGCCCGAGCCGGAGCCAGAGCCCCAGUCCCUUUCCGAGGCCUCGGCCGCCGCGCCGCUGCGCGCCCCAGAGGUGGCGCGGCUCCGCGAGGAGCAGGAAAAGGUGGUCACUAACUGCCAAGAGAAAAUCCAGCAUUGGGAGAAAGUAGACGAUGACUAUAGUGCUCUUCAAGAAAGACUGAGGACCUUGCCUGACAAGUUGUCCUACGACGUCAUGGUACCAUUUGGCCCUCUUGCCUUCAUGCCGGGAAGACUUGUCCACACUAAUGAAGUUACUGUUUUACUUGGGGACAACUGGUUUGCAAAGUGCUCUGCAAAGCAGGCUGUGGGUUUAGUUGAGCACCGGAAAGAACAUGUAAAGAAAACAAUAGAUGAUUUAAAAAAAGUCCUGAAAAAUUUUGAAUCCAGAGUUGAAUUCACAGAAGACUUGCAGAAGAUGAGUGAUGCUGCAAGUGAUAUUGUUGACAUACGAGAAGAAAUUAAAAGUGACUUUGAAUUUAAAGGAAAACAACGAAUUGCUCAUAAACCUCAUUCCAAACCAAAAACUUCAGAUAUUUUUGAAGCAGAUUUUGAAAACGAGGUAAAAUCCAAGGAUUUGCUUGCUGAUGAGGAACUGUGGGCUCGACUUGAAGAGCUAGAGAGACAAGAAGAAUUGCUGGGUGAACUUGAUAGUAAGCCUGAUACUGGAAUUGCAAAUGGAGAAGACACAGUGUCUUCUGAGGAGGAAAAGGAAGAUGAAGACACAGAUUUGAAUGUGGUGCCUCCAGUGACAGACUCCUUUGCCCCUGGCAGCUGUGGCAUGCAUGCUCGAAAUGCAGGACUCCCUAAUGGUCAAGCGAGUAGUCAUUUUAACUGUUCAGUGAAUGGUUCAAAUUCUUACCAUAGCAAUGAAGAGGAUGAAGAUGAUGAUGAUGAAGAUGCUGAUGAUGUUGAUGAUGAUGACGAUGAUAAUUAUAAUGAAAAUGAAAGUGACCACACUAUUUCAGCAGAUAAUUCUGUACCAACAAUAUAUUUCUCUCAUACUGUUGAACCUAAAAGGGUUCGAAUAAACACUGGGAAAAAUACCACCCUAAAAUUCAGUGAAAAGAAGGAGGAAGCCAAACGGAAGCGAAAGAGUAGUGCUGGCAGCCAUGCUACUCAUGAGCUGCCUGCGAUCAGGAGCCCCGCUGAUAUUUACAGGGUCUUUGUGGACGUUGUGAAUGGAGAAUAUGUCCCCCGGAAGUCUAUCCUGAAGUCGCGCAGCAGAGAGAACAGUGUCUGUAGCGACACAAGCGAGAGCAGCGCUGCUGACGUGGAGGACCGGAGGGCUGUUCUGAGGAGCGUCAGCUGGGAGGAGGCCCCGGGCACUGACGCCAGUGCUAGCAUUUCCGAAGAACCCCAAGAAAACCACCCCAAGAAGCUUUUGCCUUCAGGAGUGUCUGAGGCUUUUUCUGGAACUGUAAUAGAAAAAGAAUUUUCAUCGCCCUCCUUAGCACCACACUCAACCAUUGCUCAUCAUGCCCUACCCACUAUUCCAGAGCGAAAAGAAGUUCUGUCAGAAGCAUCGGAAGAACCUGCAAAGAGAGUUUCGAAGUUCAAAGCUGCCAGAUUGCAGCAGAGAAGCUAGAGAGGGCAUGGGCUUCAUCUUCUGAAGCUCGAGCGUCGCUUUAGGACAUGCAGCAGAUCAGCCCAUG